AUGGAUGGCGUUAUUGCUGGCAAAUUUUCGGCCUUACUCCCCGAUCGAAAUGGGGUGUUUUCAGGAAAAGCGGCUGAUCAAGAUGUUGCAUUGAUCUUACUGGCCGGACGUUCAAACCACCCGAUGGGCAUAUUCGGCCCCGGCUUCAAAGAGUUGGGAGAGUACAUGAACGAAAUGCAGGCUCAGCUUGCAAACAAUGCAACACGGUACAACUAUCUCGGGGCAACCUCCUGGCUCGGAGCUGGCGAGCGCUCAACAGCGAAUCAACUGAUGUUUGCAACAUAUUUCCGAACACUGGAAGAUGUACACGCAUAUGCACAUAGCCCGCUCCAUCGUGAGGCAUGGGACUGGUGGAACAAAGUCACAAAAUCACACCCGCACCUCAGUAUCAUGCAUGAAGUCUACCAAGCACCAAAAAAUCACUGGGAAAACAUAUAUAUCAAUAAUCACCUUACAGGUAUUGCUGCCACACAAAGUCCGUUUAGACCGGGGACCGAAACCGCAGACGCGGGAAGCAUGUGGAUCAGCCCUAUUUUUGACGCCAAACAAGGUAAAUUGAAGACGCACAAGGGCAGAAUUGAAAAGAUUGAUGGUGAUGAUAACGAACAGACGUCUGCUCAAACAUCACCCGUCUUUUGA